AUGGAAAAGGUUGAGAAUCUUGUUGAGCUUCGUGAAGCUCAAGACUAUGCAGGGAGCCAAAUAUUCAAUUUCAGAAAAUCUCUAAAAUGUGCAAUUGAAUUGGGAAUCCCAGAUGUCAUUGAUCAACAUGGGAAGCCCAUCACGCUUUCUGACCUGAUUUCUACCCUCCCAAUCAACCCUUCUAAAUCUAUCCACAUCCAUCGCUUAAUGCGAGUCUUAUCGAAUGCUGGCUUCUUUGUCCAGCAAAAUGAAGCACAUGGGAAAAACUUCUGGUCUUAUGCUGCUGCAGAACCUCAAUUUGGGAAAAUCUUUAAUGAAGCCGAGGCUGAUGACUCUAGUUUAAUUGUUGAGGUGGUGAUGGCCCAAUGCAAGUCUGUGUUUGAGGACCUGACAUCUUUAGUUGAUGUUGGAGAUGGCACUGGUGAAUUUGCUGAGGCCAUUGCCCAAAAAUUUCCCAACUUAGAAUGUCUUGUAUGUGAUCUCCCACAAUUGGUGGCCAACCAACAGAGAACUGAGAACUUGGACUUUGUUGCAGGAAAUAUACUAGAGAUGGUACCUCUUGGUGAUGCAAUCUUACUCAAGAAGCAACCUGCAGGUAGUGCUCCCUGCUAUAUAUUCCGUCAAUCAAAAACCCAAAAGACUUGUAAAAUUAUCCCAAAGAACAGAAUGCAUAUAAGAAAAUAUGCUAUGAUGCAAAAAUCUAGAAACAUCAAACUUGAGCAGCACCGUGAUUAUGAGAACUGA